CACGUCCGCUUUGUCUGUCUGGCUGUGUUGUGGUGUCUUGAGGCGCCGGUUCCGGUUCUUUCAUGGAAGUGACCCUUGUGGGUGUAUAGUAGCGCGGCUCUGAUGGUGUAGCGCCCCCUCCGGUACAGGACAUCCACUGACAUGGCCGGGAACCCCGAUUCCAAGGCGAUGACCCUCUCUUUGAUCAUCAAGUGGUGCGGCCAGGAGUUCCCGUUGUCUGCCCUGUCUGAGGAGGACACGGUGAUGGAUCUGAAGCAUUCCUUGAAGAGCCUCACCGGGGUCCUACCGGAGCGACAGAAACUGCUGGGCCUUAAGUAUAAGGGUAAACCAGCAGAUAACAGUGUGAAGCUGGGGGUCCUGAAGUUAAAACCAAAUACGAAGAUUAUGAUGAUGGGAUCCCGGGAAGAGAGUCUGGAAGAUGUGCUGGGUCCCCCACCAGACAACGACGAUGUUGUGAAUGACUUCGACAUUGAAGAUGAGGUUGUGGAGGUAGAGAAUCGAGAAGAAAAUCUAGCAAAGAUUUCACGGCGUGUCAAAGAUUACAAGGUAGAGGUCCUAAAUCCGCCAAGAGAAGGGAAAAAGCUGCUGGUCCUAGAUGUUGACUACACAUUGUUUGACCAUCGGUCAUGUGCAGAAACAGGAUUGGAGCUUAUGAGGCCAUACCUACAUGAAUUUCUUACCUCUGCCUAUGAAGAUUAUGAUAUUGUAAUAUGGUCGGCAACUAGCAUGAAAUGGAUAGAAGCCAAAAUGAAGGAGCUGGGCGUCAGCACGAAUGCCAAUUACAAGAUCACCUUCAUGUUGGACAGCGCGGCCAUGAUCACAGUGCACACACCCAGAAGAGGCCUAAUUGAUGUAAAGCCACUUGGGGUAAUAUGGGGCAAAUAUGGAGAGUUCUACACAAAGAAGAAUACCAUCAUGUUUGACGACAUUGGACGGAAUUUCCUAAUGAAUCCACAGAAUGGGUUAAAGAUCAGACCUUUCAUGAAAGCUCAUUUGAAUCGGGAUAAAGAUAAAGAACUUUUGAAGUUGUCUCAAUACCUUAAAGAAAUUGCUAAACUAGAAGAUCUUUCAGAGCUGAACCAUAAACACUGGGAAAGGUAUCUCUCAAAAAAACUAGGUCAAUAAUGGAUCAUCUUAGAUGAAGAGAAUGGCGCCGAGCGAGGGGGCAGCAUGGUCAAGUUGUGAAAAUAAUGCUGGAAUGUCUCUUGUUGGGUCUUUUUUUUUUUUUUUUGCCCUAGUUCAUAGUAACUAAGCCUCCACAACCCAUUCUGAGAUUUUCUUUUGCAAUGCGAUACCAAUAAGAGAGCAUUCAGAUGCUGUGCCACAGUGCAUUCUGCAUAGGAUCAACUUUUGAUAAAAUUGAUGAAUUUUAUUUAUAUUUUUUUAUUUUGACUGCUCAGUAAAUGGAGAUUUUUUUUUUUUUUUUGGUCUUUUGCUUCUGUUGGUUUGUUUUUACAAAUUGUUGCCUUUUGAGUUGCGGAUUGUAGCCGCUUUAUAUGAUUUA